AUUGGAUCUCAUUGGAUCAGGUGUGUAGGCUGCUUCUCUUCGACCCGCGCUGCAGACACUUGAGAGUGCAGCCCCAAACCCCUAGAACGUCCUGUGAACAGACACUGAAGCCAUGGAUACCUUUGUAAUGCAGAGUCAAGCCAGGCAGCUGCUACACAACAAGUUUGUGUUGGUUCUUGGAGGCUCAGUGCAGCGCUCAAUGUACAAAGACCUGGUUCUGCUGCUUCAGAGGGAUAAGUUCUUAACUCUGCCUCAGCUCAAGUCCAAAGGGGAGUUUUCCUUCGAGCAGGACCGCCUGGUUGAGGGGGGUCGUCUGGGUCCCCUGACUAACGGCACUGGGUACAGAGAGGUCCGGCAAUACCACUCCGACCACCACCUGCUGAGAUUCUACUUCCUGACACGCAUCUACUCCCCGUACAUGGAGAGCAUCCUGGAGGAUCUGAGGGAAGGACUCAAACCUGAUGUAGUGAUCGUCAGCUCCUGUGUGUGGGACAUCACCAGGUAUGGCCCGGAGUGUCUGGAGCAGUACAAAGAGAACCUCCACAAAUUCUUUAGCCAGAUUAAAGCGCUCGUUGGCCGUGACUGUCUCAUGCUGUGGACUCUGGCCAUGCCGCUCGCCAAGAAGAUCAAGGGUGGAUUCUUGGUGCCUGAAGUGAGUCACUUGGCUCCGUCACUGUGUUAUGACCUCAUCGAGGCCAACUUCUACUGCAGUCAGCUGGCGGAUGCGUACGGCCUGGACGUCCUCGACCUGCACUUCCACUUCCGCUUCAGCCUGCAGCACCGCAUGCCGGACGGCGUUCACUGGGACGCCCUGGCCCAUCGGCGCAUCAGCAGCCUGCUGCUGGGGCACGCUGCUGACGCCUGGGGCGUACACCUGCACGCCCCCCCCCUCUCAUCCAGGACAAGUUCUUCAGGGUUACAGAGAAGACUUUGGACAACACCUCAGACCUGAUUGGCCCAGUCCAAGAGCUCUGAUUGACUCAGGACCACUCCAGAGAUAUGGCUCCCUCCGAUACCAACAGAGUCACAGCUCAGACCCAUUUCAGCAUCUUCCAACUAACUCAGGUGGAGCAGAGCACAUCAGAGCCCUGCAGCAUCAUGCACAGACGGCAGGUCACCACUUCCAAGCUCUACUUGGCAAUCAGAAGUGUCUGCCCCCCCCCGUCCCCGUCCCGUCAGGGUCCAUUGAUUGCAUCAUACAGUAAUCAGCCCUCAUUCACAGCCUUCACCUGUCGGCACCAAUAGCUAAUAAAAG